AUUCCUCCAAUCAUUUCCAAGCUAAUCAUUUCACCUCACCAUCAUCACGGUUCGCUCUACCAAUUUCGAGAUUCCACUCCGCCGUCAUAUGCAGAACGAAGUCAAUCAAUUGACUCCCAAAAGAUAGAAAUGGUCGCCUUCUCCAAAUCCCCUCAAUUCUGGGCCGGGCCCCUACGAUAUUGGCGCUGGGCCGCCCGCGAGAAGCCCGCCUACUUCUACUCCGUCAUCAUCGGUGGUGCCGGUCCCGUCGCUCUCCUCACUGUUCCUCCCGCAUUGAAAGCUCUCGGAUACGAAAGGGCGCCGCCUAUUCCUAUGACAUAUCCCAUCCCUACCGGCCCGAGAAAACAGCUAUCCGGAUACGACGAUUAAACCACGAAUACUACUAGGAUGAGGGAAUAGACACAAUCGCAGAUCGGAAGAUCUACAAAUGUAUAUAUGGCAGGGCACGCUCAACGAACUUCGAGCCAAGAGUUAGAAGAACAUCCAAUGGCACGAGGAAGGCAAUAAGCGCCCAAGGAUGUAGAAUCAUCACCAAAAAACAAUCGAAAGUCCACGUAAAAACAGUCAUACCUGAUCGAUCAAUUCAUUU